AUGCUCAAGUUUUUGCUCCUCCUGAUCGGCGCCACUGCCGCCGUUGGUUUCCCAGAUGCGGGGAGACUGAAGGCAGUCGACAUCACCUCUACUGCUGUCUCAUUCACUUGGGAGUCCUCUACCAUCUCCCAGUCAACUUCGACCGACUUGACUUCCUCUUCCAUUUCCCAGUCAAACUCGACCGACUUGACUUCAUCUCAAGCUGUUCCCACCGGCACAACUGUCCGUCUCUCUGCUUCCGCCAAUCCGACUGCCAGUCAGUACGUCCCCACCCAUCCGACCUCCACCCAGACCACUCCGGGGGAGGUUGACCCCGGCAGACUUUGGGUUUUGUACCGCAGAACCUUCAUGUCGGGAGAUCCCGGCUGGACAUACCUGUGCUACUACGACAUCUUCGAGUCCCAUGUGAGCGUGAAGUAUUUCAACCCUUGCCAUCCGUACAACGCAACAUUGCAUCUUGGUACCGGCUCGGAAUGCGACCCUGGAUACCAGAUGCCUAUCCCUCAAUUUGACAUCGGAUUCAACCCUUUCGGCGUGAAUACAAAUUGUUCCUACCAUCCAGACGUCAACCAGGUUGUUUGUGAUCAGGGCCAUUACCCCUGCGCCGUCUUCAGUCACGACAACUGGGUACACUGCAUAGAGGACACCGACAGUCCAAAUUAUAACGCCUAUUUCAGAAUCCAGUGUGAUUACUUCCCGGUCAUGACGUAG